AUGGAGGAGAGGGGGCCUCCCUCCACUUCCGUUCACGUUUCCAACAACUACCCCCCUAAUCUCGUUACCAGCGACCUCCAAAACGUUCGUCCGGGAACUUACGUUGUUCAAGUCCCUAAAGAUCAAAUUUACCGAACCCCUCCUCCACAAAACGCAUUAAUUGCUGAGCAACGAAGUAAGGCUCCUACGAUAAGAAAUUCUAGUGGUCGUGUAAAAUGUGUCUUGAUUUCCAUAAUCAUAUUUUUGCUCGUCUUGGGAAUUAUAUUUGGGAUUAUUUUAGGUGUGAUCAAGAAAGAUGACCCUAGAUUUCGUGUUGAACGUAUUCGUGUCACCUCAAAAGGCAAAACCCGACAACAAAAACAUCAAAUCGAUAUCACAUUGGAAUCAACAAACCCUAACGCUCAAACCAUCAUUAUAUUUGAUAACAAUGGCAAAAGUUCUUUAUCCUUUAAAGACAAGAAAUUCGCCAAUGGGAAGUUUCCAUCAUCCAAACAAGACCCUAAAAACUCAAAAGACAUUAAGUUAACCCUCAUGAGUUCAUCCAACUCAAAGUUACCUUUAGAAAUUCGAAAGAGCAUGAAUGCAACAAAUGUAAAAUCCCAAAAAAACGUGGAAAUAUUACUAGAGUUUAGAGUUCGGGUGAAAAUGAAGUUCGGGAAAUUGGAAAUGAAAAGCAAGACGCUAUCGACGUUGUGCCAUUUCAAGGUUAACAAUUUGGCCAAGAAUUCACGUGUUUUAUCUCAAAAUUGUGAUUAUUCCACGAGAGAAUAG